CUUGAAACACAUAUACGCCUACAUUCAAAAGGCAUGCAUACUGGGCCUCACCGACACCUCACAUCGUCAAUCGAUAGGACGCUGACGAGCGUUCCCCCAGCUUCUCGGCACUCCAUGGAUGUGCACCGUUGCUCAGAGCUUUGAUAAUACACAAGACACAAGCGCAUAGGGUUGUAUUGAACGCCGAGGAGCCAACUGCUCCUACUCACUCGUGUGUGCGUGCCGCAUCGGCUCACGCACCGAUGGCGACCACCUACCGAGCCGCUUUCGGCAACGCGGAGCACCACAAGGCGGUGAUCCAAGAGCUGUGCGGUAAGCUAGGCCUGCCCGUGCCAGGGCCCAAGCCCCGCCCGGACACCAGUGGUGACUCGGAGCUGGCACACCAGAUGGCGGAGGACGAGCGGCGGGCCGCGGGCUAUGCCGUCCCGCGGCCCGACGUGACGACGUCUCCCUCGAAUGUAAAGGUCCAGAUGGUGGGCUCCGGCGGGGCCCCCGGCAUGCACUUCAACUCGCUGGUCCCGCCCGGCGCGCGGCACCAACGCAGCUACUCUGACGGGAGCGCGCGGCUGGUGCAGCAGCAACAUUUGCAACAACAGCAGCAGCAGCAACAACAACAACAGCAACAGCAAGGGGACCAGCAACCAGAAAAGCUGCAGCAUCGGCACUCCCUGCUGAUGCCGGACAUCCGGCGGAGCAGCGGCGGCGGCACACAAGCGCCCGCGGCGGGGCGCGAACCAGCUCCCGCGGGCGCGAGUGGCGCCGGCACUGCCGCUGCUGCUGCGGCUGCUGCGGGUGCUGCUGCCGGCCUCCCGCGGCCUCCGGCUGGUGCGUUUGCGAACGCCCGGCAUCAGCAGGUGGUGAGCGAUGCGGAGUUGGCGGCGCGGCUGCAGCAGGUGGAGAUGGCGGCGGUGGCGGAUGCGACAGGCACGCCGCAGAGCCUGUUGUUCCCGGACCUGCAGUCGCAGCCGUCCAUGCGCGAGCUGGCGCUGGGCCGCACGCUCAGCUGCGUGCCGUCUGUGAUGAUGUCACCGCAAAUGAUGAUGUCGGCCGCCACUGUGCCGCCGCCGGAGCCGGUGGUCAGCGCGGACCGGCGGCGGCUGCAGGACACGCUGCGGUUGUACGAACUGACGGAGCGGCAGGUGGCGGGCGACGGCAACUGCCAGUUCCGGGCGCUGUCGGACCAGCUGUACGACAACCCCGAGCUCCACGCCGAGGUGCGGCGGGCGGUGGUGGCGGUGCUGCGGCAGCGCGCCGCCGCCUACAGCUGCUACGUGGCGGGGGACUACCAGGCCUACGCGGACGGCAUGGCGCGGGCCGGCACCUGGGGAGACCACCUCACGCUGCAGGCCGCGGCCGACACGUACGGCGUGCGGCUGGUGGUGGUGACCAGCUACGAGCACAGCCCCGUCAUCACGCUCGAGCCGGAGCAGAAGAAGAGCGGCCGCACGCUGUUCCUCAGCUUCUGGGCCGAGGUGCACUACAACAGCCUCUACCCGGCCAAGGAGCCGCCAGCGCCCCUGCCGCGGCCCAGCGCCCCCGCCGCGGCGGUGACGGCGACCAGCAAGCGCGCCUCCGGAAACGGCGGCGGCAAGGACGGCGGCAAGCCGCACAAAGUGCUGGGCAGCCGCAAGCUGGGGCAGCUGUUCAACGUGUAGACUGUGCGGGUGUGGCGCAGGGGUGCAGCGGUGCGGUGCGGCGUGGUGGGCUGCAGAUGUGGCGCCGCUGUUAGUCGGUAGGGUGAAUGUUGUAGGGCUUGUGUAGGUCUGCUGAGGAAGGCAGGAUUGGAGCCCGGUCUCGGGUUGCGUGUAUAUAGCGGAGUGGACUUCUGGCGGGAUGAGUGCGGCACAGAACAACUGUGAUAAAUUUGAGUGCUGAGAAGAUGGGUGGCACAGCGCUCGCAUGCAUGUUCGUACCACUGGUGUGCUGUGGUCAUGUGGGCGUGAAGCUGCGGCCAGGCCAAGAGUGGCGCUGUCCUGCAUACAGAGUGAACAGCUAUAGACUUCAUCCGUGCCCUGAAGGUGCGUUCGGUUUGUACCAAUACUAGAACAGAAGGUGCGAUGGGACAGGGUAAGGGGCAGGUUGGCGUAGUCCCGUAGUAUGCAGCACAUUCUCAGAAAUACUAGAACAGUAUGUUAGGUUGGGCCAGAGGUAGGAGGCGAGGCUACGCAGGCACUGCGAUAGGACAGCUAUGCAGCAAUUCGUUCUUCGCCCUGUGGAGCUGCUAGCCGCUUUGAGGGGCAGGGUCAUGCUGAGUCGUGUUGGUUUGACCUUCAUGCACUUUGCACAUUGCGCCCAGGCAGCGCCGCGCAUUCACGUAUGCGUUGGGCUCUGCGGCUAAGCAGCCAGCAGGAGGGCCUGCAAUGGUGCCAGGCUACAAGCUUGAUACCGUAUGUGGAUUGUAUACGGGCUGUGGUGUUUGCAGAUCUCCGAGCGCAGAGGCGCGGUACAGGCAAUCGCAUGUAACCAAAGUAUCUC